AAGCCUAAUAGCCACUAAUAGGUGAUAUGUAAAAGUAAAAUAAUGUUAACCUAGUUUUGAGUUGACAUGACAUAUAUAACAAUAUGUUAUUGUCUUUACACCAGAAAUAAAAUAUUUUAAAUAGUUAGUUCCAUACAAGACUAUGUACAAUCUGUUGGCAUCACUUCAAUUAAAUAACUCCUAAAUUCCUAACUAUUCAAACUUUAAUUUUUUUGGUGAGUUGUAAGACUUGUAUUGUUUUAUUUAAAACGAUUUAACUUUUAAGGUAUUUAAUACUAUUAACUCAAAUUAAUUAACUAUUUUAUUACUUGUAAGAGUUGUAAGUGUAAGUCCCCUGAGGACUUAGGCCUAGGCGGCCUAGUGUAUACUAUCUAAUAAUAAUCUAAUAUCUAACUAGGAGUAGGAAGAUAAACUAGUCUAGGGAAUCUGAACUAAACUGACCUCUGAACUACAGAUUACUAUUAAUAAAGACUAAAACUAAAGAAAGGUAAAAGACUAAAAGUUGAACUGGUUAAGUGGUAAGUACAAAAAGUAGGUAAAAUAAGACAAUUUUUAAAAAAUCAGGCAACACACCUGUGGAUGAUACUAAUAUACAAAAAAUUCUAUUAUUAUAUAUUAUAUUACUAAAGUAUAUAUGACUUGUAUUAUUAAGUAUAUAAAUAUAAGUUUAAAUUGUAAAAUGUAUUGCUUAUAGCUUAUAAUUAUAACUAUUAAAACUUAAGUAGGGCCUAAAUCAAGUUUUGUUUAUUAAAUUAAAAACAUGUUGUCCUAAGAGUUUACAUAACUAACUGACAAUGACUAUGGACUAUUUUUGGGAAACUAUAAUUAUAAUAAAUAUGAGUAUGAGUAAAAUGACACUAUGAUUAAUUUAGUAUGACAUAAUUAUUGAAAUUAAGGCCUAACAUAGCAAGAAGCACCAUAUUAAGAAGUUUUUUUUUUAUGUGAAAGUCACAUGUGAGGUUCAAAGUACAAAAAUCACAGAGUCAAUGAAGCAACUUCAUUUCAAGUUCAACACUGCUUAGUUAGGAAGGAGUAUUUUUAACUAAAGAAGUAAAAUGUAUGUUGGCAUUGGGCUAUUGCCUAUUCACUUCAUACAUAUAUUAUAAUUACUGCAAUUAUGUAGGCCUUUAUUAAAUUUAUAGGCAAUGCCUGAAAAUGUAGAUUGUAGGCAGAAAUAUAUAUAAGCCCAAUGGCUAGCCUAAGAAUAAUAUUAUAUAUGAAAUAUAUUCUUAUUCAUUUUUAAAAAUGUAAGAUUCAAGGUGUUUAAAAAAAGUGUAUUAAAAAUGUUUACUAUUAAAGUGAGAGUUAUUGGUAAUAGACAAAAAUAAAAAAAUUCUGCUCUGACAGCUAUAUCAGAGUAUGGACUGAAGUAUUGUCUUUCAUUGAGGCAGGAUUACCAGCCCCAUUGCCAUUGGUGAAUAAAGCUGUGGUGUGGGGGUUAGCCUUGGGUCAUAAGGAUGCACUCCCAACUGUUUUAAUGGCUAAAUUAAAUACAUGGUCACAUAAUGUUUCAGUGGAUCUUUCUUAUUGAAAGUUAUUGCUCAAGAAUUAUUCGGAAAACCAAUGUUACACAAUUUUUAAGUUUCAACAACUAGGCCUAUAAGGGAUGCAUGGGCCGAUCUAGGACUUUUCUAAGGUGUGGGGUAGGCUACAUCUGCCUGAUGUAAUAGGUUUGGUUCAAGUUUUGGUUAGGGGGCUAUUAAAAUAUUUGGAGAUUGGAGUUUAUACCCUCAAUUAAGUGUUAACUGUAACACGUUUAGAAUUGCUUCAUGCCUUAACUUUAGAAAGCUGGGACUUUAAAAAUUUUAACAAAUAUUAGGGCACAAAUAUACUUAUUUAUUAUAUCAUCUCCUAGGGCACAAAUAUACUUAUUUAUUAUAUCAUCUCCAUGUCUCUCUUAAUUCGUCAUUGUUUAUAUAUAGUAGAAUAGAUUUUGUAUUAUAUUAGACUUUUUUAUUUUAUUUUCAGGAUUACAUUCCAGAUAACACUAGAGGAACACUUAAUAAUGCUGGUCCUUCGCUUUUUAUUUAAUCUUAAACAUAUAUGCUAAUUUUAAAUUAGCUUUAAUGGUUUAAAUUAUUAAUUUAUUAGUUAGUUAGACUCACCUUUAAAAAGGUCUUUCAGUAAGCUGCCAUACUUACUUCACGUCACACAACAGUCAUGUGUGUGAGGGUAAAAUUCGCUGUCUUUGUGGACACAUUCCAAGGACAAAUGGUAGGCCUUGUGGGAGAUGACAUUCGUCUUGGAGCUUGGAAUCCACUUAAAGCAUUAGAGAUGGAAAAAGAUCCUUUAGAUGAAAAUGGGUAAAUAUUUAAUAAAAACACUUCCCAAGACUCAUUUUUACAAAUGGCAAGUUAGAAAUUGUUUGUUUUUUUUUAAAGGUUACUAAAAAAUUUUAAAAAUUUUCACCACAGAAACUUGAUAUUUCAAAUGCAUAUCCUGGCACUUAAUGCAUAUCUUUUCUUAAACCUUGCUAUGUGUUAUUUUGGAUCAGUGUGCAUUUAUUAAUGAAAUAUUGUCAGUCUGACUUUAAAGAAUAAAAAGUGAUGAUUUCCAUAAUUUUAAUCCUCAGUGAACUGUGGACGUGCUCGGUCUUACUAGAGCAAAGCACCACCUAUCAUUAUCGCUACUUUAUUUAUAAGCAGAGAAAAUUUGUGACAAAUCAUGAUUCUGUUAUUGUUCCGACUGAUGCCAUGACUGUGUAUAAGUGGGAGACCAACAUCAAACCAAGAUACUUAACUAUACAAGGUGAUUCAUUUGUUUUGAUUCCAAUCAUCACUGUGGUGCUACAGCCCAUGUAGGGCUUUGGUCUGCCUCACCACUUCCUUCCACUCAGACCUAACUGAUGCUUUUACUUUUCAUGCUUUGAUUACCAGCUGCCGUAGGUCUUUUUCCACCUCAUCCAUGCAUCUAAGCCUAGGUCAACCUUUGAGUCGUUCCUAUCUGGGAUCUCGUACAGCUUAGACCAGGGAUAUCAGGGCUGAGGAUUUCAAUUUUAAUUUUAAAAGAUAUAUAAAAUAUGUUCUUGCAAGCAUACUCUGACUAAAUGCAAAUAUGAGGGGAAAACAUUGCCAAGCCAUCAUAGGUUGAUUGGUGUGCAGCAUAGUUUGACUAGUGUACAGCAGCAUUUUCUAAUAUAUUAGAUAUUUAGCAAUUAAAUUAAACAAGCCGCUAGGAGUGAAAAAUUAUGUUUUGUUUCAUUUUAAAAUUGCAUAGAAUAUCUGCUUUCAAAUACUUUAUUUACUUUAACCAGGUUGUGAGAUGACCCUUGAAUUGGCUGAGGCAUUUUUUGGAAACUACGGUACACAAAAUGUAUUACAAUUUUUGUGAUGUAAAUUAAAUAUUUUUCUAUGAGAGUCACAAAACUUCUUAUUUUUUAAAGCUUAACUUAAAGGCAACCCUAUUAACUGUGAUGUAAUGAGAGUUGUACAUAAAAUAUAUUCAAAUCUUAAGGCAUGUAAUGACAGCAUUCAGAAUAAUGAUGAAAUUUCUGAAAAUGGGAUUUACUUUAUUAAUUAUGAUAUAAUUUUUUUGUCUGCUUCCCUUUGAAAUUCUUUCCUUAAUGAGAAAAAAAUGUUUUCUAUAAUUCCCAUUGAUAAUGAGCAGUUGUUUUAUAACUAACGUGGUCAGCACUACCUCUGAAAAAAAAAUGUAUCCCAGGCCAUUAAGUAUUAUGUAUCUGUACAUGUACAUAUAAAUAAUAAUGCAUGUGAGCAAUUCACCUAACAUAUGGACAUGUACAUUUUAAAAAAAAUUGUAGCAUUUUCAAAGGGUUGUUUCGGAAAAGUCUAAAAUGGUUUUUAGCUGCCCUGUGGUUUUAAAAUAUGGUUUAAUUAUAAUCCAUUUAAAUUUUAAAAAAAUAUGUUUUGCUUUGUAACUUGUAUAUCAUUUACAUAUCGGCGUUUCUUUUCCAGAUGGGGAAGAGAAUAUUGGCAAGGGAUGGUUGAUUAAUCAGUGUGAAAUUCAGAUUCGCCUCCACAGUAACCCCAUCUACAUGUGGAAAGCCAAACACAGAGAGCAGACUUACAGUAUCAAAUGUCAAGCCAUGGACUACUCUUCUCAGGUGGGUGCUAAAAAUACUUUACUAUAUUUACUUGGAAGUGUUCAUUAAAAUAAUGUAGAGCAGGGCUGCACAACAUACGGGCCACACAGCAUCCACUUUGUGGUCCAUGAGGUAACGAAAUAUUCUUUAUUCUUCUUAUUUCCUUAAUAGCUUUCCCCGUGUCCUAUUUCCUUUUGCCCGCACAAGCUGUUCAUAAAGUAUUACGGUUCGCCUUACAUUUUGAGUUGUGCAGCCCUGAUGUAGAGGAAUCACAAACAUCACUUUUGUUAUUAGAAUGGAUCGCAGGCCUAAUGCCUUUUUUUAAAAACUUUGGGAGCCUAUUUCUGGCCUAUAAUUCCUUGACCAUAUGAUGUUUAGCCAUAAUUGUCUAGAGUGACUUUGGUUAUGGAGUACAUAAACCUUGUAUGUGGAAACAGGUAGGGAAGGUUGCAUACUUUUGUCAUAGUGCUUAAGUCACAUACCUACUAGCAAUGAUUGUGACAGAUGUCAAGGGUUAUGUAAUUAUUUAUCAUACAUAUCUUCUGUGGAUAGACUUAGCUUGAAGUUUCAGCAUAAGUUGGAAAUUGGGAUUGGUUUUUUGAGAGUGAUAGGUUUAAAUGGUUUAAACAGGCUUUAAUUCUUCGGUUGGGGGUGAGGAUUGUGGAUAUAAUAGGUUUUUGGAUAGUCUCUUAGAGAAACUAGAUUAAAGUAGAAUAGAGUUCAGAUUAAAAAGAGUUAGAAACCAAAAAAAUCUCAAUAUUAUUUGGUAUGUGUUUACAUUUACAAAGUUGUAAUUCUAUUUGUGUUGUUAUUUGGAAUGAAAGAUAGGGCUAAAAUAUAUUUUUUUUAAAAACAACUUUGCAACAAAGCAUUCAGAUUAGGACGUUUGAUCAUAAACCCAAAAAUUGGGACACAAUGACAAUAUUUUCUAAAUUAGCUUCUCAUUGUUUCAUUUUUAUUUACCAAUACUUAAUUCAAUAUUUAACUAUGAAGACAUACUAGGACAAGAUUUUCCUUUGAAGUGUACAUAUGUUUUAACGUGGUCCUAAAAAUAUUAAAUGAAAAAAUUAGCUAUUUAUUUAUUCUGCAUGUACAAUUUUAGCUUCUGAUGCAUAUUGUACUCUCACUACAUUUUGAUGCAUAGUUUAAAACAAAAAUUCUCCAGUGAUAUUAGUAGUAAAUUUUGUACUGACCAUAGUGCACUAUAAUAUUGGAGCUUAUUUUAAAAAAUCUUUGUACGUUUGAAGCAAAUGAAAAAAAAUCAAAAUAUUCAAACUGAGAUGGGAUUUACAUAAUCUUGACAUUGUUCACAUGAUAUAUCUCUAUAUCUCACACAAAAAAUCAAUAGAUUAAAUUUUUUUUUUCAGUUUAAGUUUAAAAAAAAAUUGAUAUUUUAUUCUUAGGGAGGCUCAGCAACAGAGGAUGAGAAUGAAGAUUCUAGAGAUGGUCCAGUAGCCUGCCCUUUCGAUGAUGUUUUAGUUUGUGUAAGUUUUUACUCUACACUUAAUUUUUGCCUUCUUGUAUAUUUUAUUUAGUUUACGUUUGCGUUUUUAAACAGGAAAUGACUAAUUAAUUAUGUUUUACCAUCUUUUGGGCCAAGACGACCCGAGCGCAUUCAACAUUUAAUUUGUUGGGAUUUGAAACCAUGAUAUUUGUCCAUUGUCUUACUAACUAUGCCAUUCAACCACCCUGAACAUUUUAAUUAGUCCAUAAAAAAAAUUACUUAUGUUAAUUGGUUAUGAGUGACCAAUAAGGCUGCAGGCAUAAUUCUAUGUUGUUAUGGUGUCCUGACGUCAAGUGUAUUGUUUUUUUUUCUUGAUCAGAAUCUAGCUCACGAUGAUUGCAGACCAUCUCGACAGGAGCAUUUUGGCAUGUUGUACCUUAAAGACAACUAUAUUGUAUUCCGAACACAGAUGCCUGAUCCACAGCUAUUGGUUAGUCUAUUCCCUGUUUCUUUGUUGAACAAUUUCAUUCACUCUCAGACCAAUUUGUUGAUUAUAAUGGCUUUAGUUUCUUGUUUCUUUUUCUGUUGAAAACAUUUAAGAUUCUACAGGGUAAUAAAGUAGUUUUUUUUAAUUUUUCAUUUCAAUUUUCCCCCUAAUUUAACCCUCGAACUGUGGCAUGCAUCAUUCUGUGGUGUAGAGCUUUUCAGAGCUUUUUGAGUGCCUUUUAAAAUUGCAUUAAAUGACAUAGAAAUAUUGAUACAAGACCCCUAUAAGUAUAUAUUUUUAGAAAGGUCAAUGGAUGAGGAUAAAGUUGACUAUAUUACCCACCCCGUAAAAAAAUUGUGUCAGUGUCCUUGACCUUGGAGUUCUCAAGAAAAUAAAAAUCAACAAAAUGUCUUGCUUUCAAGUGCUCAUAACAUCAUGAAUUUUUAUAGAUACACUUAAAAUAAAUCUAUAUGUUGUAGCCAAUUCAUUUAUCUAUCAGAAAAGGUAUAGUUUGCGAAGGUUUUGAUUGCAAAUACACAUCUGAAAGCAAUUUUAGUAAUUUUAGGUCAUUUAAAUAAGAAACUGGGACCACUGCUAAAACCAAGUUCAAAAUACAAAAUCUCAGUCAAAAUAGUUAUUAUUGACUAGUAAACAUUUAAAAGGGAACUGUGGAACUGAUUUUGGUUGUUAAACUAUAAAAUUUAUUAGUUCUGAUCUAUAAUCUGUAGCUUCUGUGACUAAAAUUCAAUCAGUCCUUGCCCAACCUCCGGGCCUGGCUCGAAGUCAAACAGUAGCCUUAGUAGGCCUACUUCAGUAUCACUAAGACUAGUAUCAGAUUCACGAAAAGAAGAAUCUGAAGUGAGAUAUCAUGGUGAAUGUUAAAAUCAUCAUCAGUAUAACUUAAAUCCUCUCCUAAAAAGCUUUCAAAAAUAUUUAUAUUAGUUAUCGCACUGAAGGCCCGGCCAUAGCUUCGGCCAUUUUUACUUUUAAAAAAACAGCGACAUAAAAUUCCAAUUAAAAAGCUCUUAUUGUUAAGUUAUCAAGAAACAGCUUGACCCGCAAAUUGAUUUAAUUAUUAAUAAAAGGAAAUGGCUACGAUUUCGGUUAAAUAUUGGAUUGGAAGUUACUAUUGGACUGUGUUUUAUAUCAGCCGAUUUUUUCGGCCGCCACAGCACAGAACGAGAAUAUCAGUCGAUUUCGUCGGCUGACCACAGUUCGAUGGUUAAUAUUUUUUAAAUUGCAAAUAAAUAAAAGACAUCAUUGAAGAACAAAAAAAGUUUAAAAUACUAGAUUUUUUAAACCUUUAAUUUGUUAAAAUUAGUUUUCUUGUCCAUAUUUUAUGUCUGUGUGCCAGUUAGCCAUUGAACUUGUUUAUAUUUUCCUUCAUACGGCUUGAAUGCAGUCCGUCACAUAUUAUCUUUGAUAUUUUAAAAUUCAUCAGGGUUUUCAAUUAGACUUUUUCGUGUGUGAGCCCAACCGGGUGCCAAAGUUUGUGGGUGCAGCUCAUCUUUUGCCUUACAAACAACGGGAAUCUCAACACAAUAGGAAAUUUCCAAUCAUUGGUUGCAACCACAGGCCUAUUGGGGAGAUAAACAGUAUGGAUUUUUUAAUUUUCUACAAUUUAUGCCCUUGAAUUAAACUUAUAAUUGUCACAUUUUAAUAUUACUUUAAUGUUAAAGAUGACCUUCAUUUACACAGCAAGUUGAACUUUAUUGACACUGUAUGUCAAACUUUAGUUACACUGUUUCCCUAUUUUUAUAUGCCAAUACUUUUUACAAUUUCAAAUUAUUUAUUAUCAAUUUGGGAUCUUGUAAGAAAACAGACUAUAGUUUUGAUAAAAUUUAUUGUUGCUGGCCGAAAAUUCUUUUUUGUACUCAUCUGCCAAGAUUAACUCAUUAGCACUGUCACACUUAAAUUAUAUUGCUGAACAAAGGGUAGUAACUCUCUUUAGCCAUAGAUUUACAUUUGUAAAAUAUUUUUUAGCUGCUAAACAUAAAUUAGGUGUAAUAAUAAUAAAACAAUAAUGGCGAACGGAUAAUGAGCAAUGACCAAAAAAUCUAUUUUUGGCACCUUAGAUGAACACGUGUUAGAUAUAGAUGCACCUUGCUAAAGCACACAUAGUUUGAAAGUGAAUCAAGAUAAAAACAUCAGAUUUUUAAAACUGAAAUCUUGCCAUCACCGGAAUUCUCAAGGGAAACAAUAUUUCAUUGCUAUUUAAAAAUAAAAAUGAGAGAGUUGUGUGGCUACGCGCCGGGACAUAAUCGAACAUAUCCGUCGGAACCCCCCAAGGGACCCAUGCAGUGGGAAUGAGUUAACGUUUCUUUAGAGGAAAGCGCUUAAAUCUGAGUUUUUGUAAAAGAAUAUUUUAAAAGCUGUUUGAAAAGAACAUUUUGUUGAUUGGUCUUAAGAACAAAUACAAGUAGAAAAUAUGUAAACAAAAACAUUUUAAUUGUUGCCGUAAUGAUUUAAAAGUUGAAGAUUUUUAAAUUUAAAAAAAAAAUGAAACCUCUGUGAUUUUGUGGUCUUUUAAUGACAGAUAGUUAUACAUGUAUAAAAUGUAUUCUUUGUGACAUUUAGAAAUUUUACAUCUUCUCUAGUUGAAUUCUUAAUUGUGAAGCCAGCUCCUAGCCUCAUCAUGACCAUGGAAACUUGCUUCCAGACACACUGGAAGUGGAAGAAGGCCGGAGACACAUCACUUGAUAUAGGACACAGGGGCAUGGGAGCCUCAUACUCUCAGUGAGUGAACUUUGUUGUCCUUUUUGUGGUGGCUGGUUAAAGUUAAAUGCCUUACACUUUUUUUCUGUUUGGCUCAGGUUGCUGUUAAUUUAUUUCUUUUGUAGAUUUGUUGCAGAAAGUUAAUUUAAUCUUUGUGAUUUCUCUGGCUGUGAUAGAAGCAGUAAGACACAAACAAUUUGUGUAAAUAAAACAAUACAGGUUCAGCUUUAUCGCUGGUCCAACUCUCUUAUAAUCAGGAGCCAUAAAUGAAAGAAAAUUUCACCCAUCUGUCUGGAUGUAUCAUUUAACACCUGGAUGUCAAAUUACGACCAUAUUGCAUUUGCAAUUGAUUUUUUGAAAGUCUCUCGGGUAGUUAGUCAAUGCCUUGCUGUAAUAUGUUUCUAAAUUCUGUUUCGGUUAUAGAUAAUCGAACAAUUGUAGAAAUCAUGAUGUUAUUGUGUAACAUAUUUGUUUAAAAUGUAAGAGUACUUUUUAAAUCUCUGAGCAUCUGACUGAUGCUUCUUUGUGUCCUUCCUCAAAGCUCUCCAGAUGAAAAAAGGUAAAAUAUCUCUCAAGCUUACACAAUAUAUAUAUAGACCUAUAUAUAUAUUAUGACACAUUAUAAAUAUAGGCCUAUAUAAUUUUCACAAGCUUACACAAAAUGGAUAUAGGCCUACAUAAUAUUUCACAAACUUACACAACAUAGAUAUAGGUCUAUAUAAUAUUGCACAACAUAGAUAUAUGCCUAUAUAAUAUUACACAAUGUAGAUAUAGGUCUAUAUAAUAUUACACAACAUAUAUAUAGAUCUAUAUAAUAUUACACAACAUAGAUAUAGGUCUAUAUAAUAUUACACAACAUAUAUAUAGGUCUAUAUAAUAUUACACAACAUAGAUAUAUGUCUAUAUAAUAUUACACAAUAUAGAUAUAGGCCUAUAUAAUAUUACACAACAUUAGUUAUAGGCCUAUAUAAUCCAAGCCCACAAAUGUUUAAUAACUGACUGACGUACUUACUAGUUUUUCAUAGUUCAUUAUAAUUUUUAACGUUGUUGAGGAGUCAAUAUUUUCAAAGUCUAACACAAAUAUAGUCGCACCAAAUUCUAGUUCCAAUUUUGAUGACAAUAAGCCUUUCUUUCCUGAACAUGACAAGAUAAAUUAAUCCAUUUUGUAAUUUGUAAUGAAAUAAACUGUUCUAUUCCAUUCCAAGUUUAAUUACAUAUUUUUAGACAAGUUUGAACUAAAUAAUGUCGUCCAUCUUUACCUGCAAUGUUAUUAACACAGAAAAUAUUAUCCCAUGGCCUGCAAGAACCUUUAGCAUGCGUCAUAUUUGUGAUACACUGUUUGUAUUUUCCCCAGAGUCAGCACACUGAAGGAAAACACAAUCGCAUCAUUCACAGCAGCCGCCAAACAUGUAAGCUUCUGUAACAACUUUGUUGUUUAUCAAAAUGUCAAGUAAAAUCAAGACGUAUAUUUUACACAGGAACCUUUAACCUGUUCAGUUGUUCUCAAGCUUUUCUUGGAUGCAAUUUCUUUUCUAAAACAUGCAUGCCUCAAUCCUUCACCAUAAAAACAAUGACCUCGUCCAACAGUAUCCCAAAGCCCUGGUCCAACAAUAUCCCGAAGCCCUGGUCCAACAGUAUCCCAAUGCCCAGGUUCAACAGUAUCCCGAAGCCCUGAUUCAGAUCAUUCAACAGUAUCCCAAAGCCCUGGUCCAACAUUAUGCCAAUGCCCUGGUCCAACAGUAUCCCAAAGCCCUGAUUCAACAGUAUCCCGAAGCCCUGGUCCAACAGUAUCCUGAAGCCCUGAUUCCUUUUACCACCUCCCAUGCUGAAUAACUGCCAUCAACUGUUUUGUUCUUAUCCCACAUCCCACAGGGAGCUGACUUUGUUGAGUUCGACGUCUUACUUUCCAGAGACAAAGCCCCGGUCAUUUACCACGACUUCUCUGUGGUGGCCUCCUACUCAAAAGUAAGAUUGUAAAGUAGCUUUAUUUAUACAAUUAGUCUUCAGGGUUAACAUUUUGGCACGCUUUCAGAAAAUGACUUGAGCCGGAGGUUUCUAUUUGGACUGCCAUUUUCAUGUGGAGAUUUUGUCUCUGAUUAUUUAGAUAAUGAUGUGAGGCUAGGCAGUUAUCACUAAUUGAAAGGAUCAGAUUUUUAAAAGUACCUGUGUUAGGGGUGACAGAGUUAAGGUGGUGGCCAAGUGAGGGGUGACAGAGGUAAGGUGAUGGUCAAGUGAGGGGUGACAGAGGUAAGGUGGUGGCCAAGUGAGGGGUGACAGAGGUAAGGUGAUGGCCAAGUGAGGGGUGACAGAGGUAAGGUGAUGGCCAAGUGAGGGGUGACAGGGGUAAGGUGAUGGCCAAGUGAGGGGUGACAGAGGUAAGGUGAUGGCCAAGUGAGGGGUGAAAGAGGUAAGGUGGUGGCCAAGUGAGGGGUGACAGAGGUAAGGUGAUGGCAAAGUGAGGGGUGACAGGGAAAGGUAGUGGCCAAGUGAGGGGUGACAGAGGUAAGGUGGUGGCCAAGUGAGGGGUGACAGAGGUAAGGUGGUGGCCAAGUGAGGGGUGACAGAGGUAAGGUGAUGGCCAAGUGAGGGUUGACAGAGGUAAGGUGAUGGCCAAGUGAGGGGUGACAGAGGUAAGGUGGUGGCCAAGUGAGAGCUGAAAGAGGUAUUGUGUGGCCAAGUGUGGGGUGACUGAGGUAAGGUGGUGGUUAAGUAAAGGGUGACAGAGGUAAGGUGAUGGCUAAGUACAGGAUGACAGAGGAAACCUGGAGCCAGUUAACAAUGAUGUGAGCAGAGCAACCAAAUACAAAAAAAAACCCCUCUAAAAAUAAGCUUAGAGAGUAUUUAAUUUUUGCACUUAGGAUAGAAAAAAGAUGUUAACUAGCUUUUAAUGUGGAAUUUUUACGUUUGACUGGAAUGAUAACUUUGAUUUUAUCUGGUCCCCAGAAAAAGAAACACAAAACCCAAUCAGAGCUGUUUGAGAUCCCUGUCAAGAGUUUAACAUUGGAUCAGCUGCAGUCUAUGAGGCUCUUCUCAUCAGAACACUUGGGAGUGGGUGGGUUUAUCUCUGUACAUACUAUUAUGUGGUAAAUUUGUUCUUUUAUGAUGGGAGCAAUACAAAUGUUAUUCAAAUUAAUUUACAAUGUUGGUGACUCGGGGCUGAACGGCACAUUCCUAAAUGUUUACUGGAUGUGGAUGAUGGUGACUUGGGCUUAAAGGGCACAUUUUCCAAAUGUUUACUGGAUGUGAAUAACGUUGAUAGUGACUUGGGGCUCAAGGGCACAUUUCCAAAUAUCUACUGGAUGUGGAUGAUGGUGACUCACACACAGUAACUCACUUUUUGAAAAAAUUCUUUUAAAAAAAAAAAAAUUCAGUUAAAUAAUUAUAAUUUAUGUUUGGUAUAUUUGGUCUGUGGAUUGACUGUGUUCGGGACACCCUAAAAAUCCACUAUAUGAAGCUCCAGUGGGCCUCACACCUUGCGGCAUUAGGUCAACUAUACCUGCCUGCAACGUCUCGUCAGUAACAGUGGACAGAAGAAGAAUUAUUGUUGUAAUAUUUUUGUUAGUGUUUAUAUUUAUAUUUUUACAAGUGUCCAUCUUGACUGGAUAGGUGUGGAAAGUGUAAAUGCUUUGAAAUAAUGAAAUACCUAAUUACCCAGAGACUACAUAUUAAUUUAUCCUGGCAUGUAGUAUAAUAAUAUGUUGUGACAUGUAAGGGAUGAAGGAAGAACAACUAUGGUCUAAUUAAUGUAUAAGGGAUGGAACACUGUUUUAGUGGAGGGGUGAGGAAUGUCUGAUACAUAAUAGAGGGGUGGUGUUUUCUUAAAUAGAGGUUGAUAAGUAAAUUAGAAUGAUAGGAGAGAGAGAUGGCUUGAUGUGGGGGUGGUGGAUUUUGUGGAUGGAGGGAUGAGUUGGUAGUCAGGGGCUGAGAAGCAGUAGUCAAUGAAAGACUGUUGGGGGUUAAACAAGAAAUACUAAAAGAGGAUGUGGCCUGGUUCACAGGAAAUGGUAUUCCAAAAUGGUAAUAUCUCACAGGAAACGUAACAUAACUGUGCCCUAAAUUCAAAAACAUUAAAGAUGACUUGUCACUUCCUAUAAACCAUUAACCCUUCCGACUCUACAAAUUUUCCCUGACGUGGUUAGAUGUUUCCUUUUUUAUGGUCUAUCACUUACUCAAUUAAAUGGAGUUAAUGUGCCCAAAAAUAUACACAUUUUGUUAAAUAAAUAAAUAAAAUGGGGGUAAUAUACACAAAAAUAUACACAUUUUGUUUAAUCUAUCAAUUAAAGGACCCCCAAUCCAUAGUGAAGCAUGAAUGUAUUCUCUAUUAUUUCUUAAAAAAUCUAAUGAAAAACUAAAACAUUUUUUUGUAGGUAUCCACACCUUGAGAGCUUAAUUUUUUAAAUAUAACUGUAAAUGACAAGACCAAUACUAACAAAAUGACUUUAUUUAUGAUGACUUGUGGCGGAAGCGGACGCAAGCAGCUCUUUGUGAUCAUCAGGUCCCCUUCUAAAUUUAUUCUUCAUCAAGGUAUUAAUGAUGAAGAAACAGAAGAAGAAAGCACAGAACCAUUUCCCACCCUUGAGAAAGUCUUGACUGUCGUUGAUGAGAAUACAGGCUUUGACAUUGAAAUUAAAUACCCUCAGGAAGAUAUAGUAAGUCAAGUUCUAUAAACACAUCUGUUGGCAACCUUUUUAAUAGUAUUCUGUAAGUUACUGUGUCACUUUAUAUUUGUUUGAAAAUACCAAUUUUUGAAUAUUGGGUGGAGUUCAUUGGCAAUGUUGUUGAGAGCAAGUCAGCCAAGGCUAUUUAUAGAGUUCUAAACAUUUUAAGGUCAUGAACUAUGAAGUACUUGAUUUGUUAUAAAUAUGAACAUGAUUAACUUCAUUUCCGAUUGGUCAUCAACUCCUAUGUUGAAUAACUGAAAUAAACGCCCAUUAGAGUUCUAUCACUAUUUAUUUUGUACCACUUAAUUUCAAAAUUCCUCAAAGUCUUUUUCUUUUAAAAAUUGUUUGUUUGUUGUUAUUUUUAAAAAUGUUAAAUGUCCUCUCUUCACUUACUUGAAAUGAUAAAUAACAUAGGUGGAUUAGUUAGUUUUCUAACAUUGGGGAUUUGUUAGUUUUUCUAACAUAGGGGAUUAGUUAGUUUUCUACAUUAUUUGUUUGUUUGCUUAUCCAUCUGCUAGAAUGAUGUUUCGGAGAUGGAAAACUAUUUUGAUGUCAAUGAAAACAUGGAUCACAUUCUUAAAGUUGUCUUUGCUCAUGCCGGUGCCAGAAAAAUUGUCUUCUCAAGCUUUGACCCAGACACUUGUAUCCUGUAAGUAGACACUUGUAUCCUAUAAGUAGACACCUGUAUCCUGUAAGCAGUCUCAAGUAUCAUGUAAGUAGUCUCAAGUAUCCUGUAAGUAAGCGGUGUAUCCUGUAAGUAGUCUCAAAUAUCCUGUAAGUAAGCAGUGUAUCCUGUAAGUAGUCUCAAGUAUCCUGUAAGUAAGCGGUGUAUCCUGUAAGUAGUCUCAAGUAUCCUGUAAGUAAGCGGUGUGUCCUGUAAAUAGUCUCAAGUAUCCUGUAAGUAGUCUCAAGUAUCCUGUAAGUAGUCUCAAGUAUCCUGUAAGUAGUCUCAAGUAUCCUGUAAGUAAGCGGUGUGUCCUGUAAGUAAGCGGUGUAUCCUGUAAGUAAGCGGUGUAUCCUGUAAGUAAGUGGUGUAUCCUUUAAGUAAGCGGUGUAUCCUGUAAGUAGUCUCAAGUAUCCUGUAAGUAGUCUCAAGUAUCCUGUAAGUAAGCGGUGUAUCCUUUAAGUCGUCUCUUUGUCUCAUAUGUUAAAUCAUAGGAUGCUUACUUCUUGACCUAUUUCAUCAAAUGUUCUAUUUCUUGACCUAUUUCAUCAAAUGUUCUCUCUAUUUGUUGACCUAUUUCAUCAAAUGUUCUCUCUAUUUGUUGACCUAUUUCAUCAAAUGUUCUCUCUAUUUGUUGACCUAUUUCAUCAAAUGUUGUCUCUAUUUGUUGACCUAUUUCAUCAAAUGUUCUCUCUAUUUCUUGACCUAUUUAAUCAAAUGUUCUCUCUAUUUCUUGACCUAUUUCAUCAAAUGUUGUCUCUAUUUGUUGACCUAUUUCAUCAAAUGUUGUCUCUAUUUGUUGACCUAUUUCAUCAAAUGUUCUCUCUAUUUGUUGACCUAUUUCAUCAAAUGUUCUCUCUAUUUCUUGACCUAUUUCAUCAAAUGUUCUCUCUAUUUCUUGACCUAUUUCAUCAAAUGUUCUCUCUAUUUCUUGACCUAUUUCAUCAAAUGUUCUCUCUAUUUGUUGACCUAUUUCAUCAAAUGUUGUCUCUAUUUGUUGACCUAUUUCAUCAAAUGUUGUCUCUAUUUGUUGACCUAUUUCAUCAAAUGUUCUCUCUAUUUCUUGACCUAUUUCAUCAAAUGUUCUCUCUAUUUCUCUUGUUGUUCAAAUGCCCAGCUUGCAGCUGAAGCAGAAUAAGUACCCUGUGAUGUUGUUGCACCAAGGCCAGACUAGGAUCUACACACCUUACAAAGAUUACAGAGCAUAUUCUUUUAAAAAUGGAAUAGGAUUUACCAUUUCUGAACAGUUGUUGGUAAGUUGUCAUCAUCAUUUGUUGGAAAGUAAGUUUAAAUCAAACUUUCAAACAAUACAAUUUUUAUUUCUUCAAGAUUAAUUUCCAAGAUUAUUCCGUUAAAAUUUAAUACAACAGUAAAAGGCUUAAGAAAUAAUCUUUUGGGAUUCAAAUAAAAAAACAACUACGACAACAGCUGUACACAAGAAACAUGGUUGAGAUGAUCCAGGGUAAAGUAAUUCAAUGUUCUUUGUUUUAUUCAUGAAGAAAUAAAUAACUGUGCUGCUAUUAGUACUAUUUUCAUCUCAUACAUCCUGGCAUGCUAAGUGCCUCGUUACUUUUUCUAUACUCCCCAUCCCCUGUGAAUUAUUUGACUAGUAUGGCACCCCUGCAAAUUGUUUUACUAAGUCUCACACCUCCUACAAAAGUAUCAUGGCAUUUUAAAAUGUGAAGAAAACGGACAUAUAAUUUAUUUAUUGAAUUUCAAAGAGAAGUGUAAAGAACCCUAGGCUGGUAAACCAUGCCCUAGAUCUGCUAUUUAAUAAGAAUGACAGAACCUUAUCCAUUCUGAUGCAUGUAAUCUAAGAAUGACAGAAACUUAUCCAUUCUGAUGCAUGUGAUCUAAGAAUUACAGAACCUUAUCCCUUCUGAUGCAUGUGAUCAAUAUGGGAAGCUAACUGUUGUCAAACCGUGGAAGCCCCAUUAAAUUAAAAUAAUAAAGUUACACAGUGGCAUGUUUAUCCAUUUAUUAGAUCAGAUUUAAAAAAAUAAUUAUAGUUUAUAAAUGUAGAAGAUAUUUUAUGUCUCAUGUUUUUCUCUGGGCAGUAAAAUCUCAAAUAUAACUUGUAUUUUAUGCCAAGAAUGCUUUCCCUUAUUUAUUUACUCUAUAGUCAUCAGUAAUGUCUUCUAUGGUAGGCACUAACGUGAAUGUCUUCUGUAGUCAGAAGUAAUAUAAAUGACUUCUGUAGUCAACACUAACAUGAAUGUCCAGUAUAACAUGAAUGUCCAGUAUAACAUGAAUGUCCAGUAUAACAUGAAUGUCCUGUAUAACAUGAAUGUCCUGUAAAACAUGAAUGUCCAGUACAACAUGAAUGUCCAGUAUAACAUGAAUGUCCAUGUGUUGCCAGGGUGUGGCCCUUCACUCUGAAGUGUUACUACAAGACCUGAGCUUGAUUGAGCGCGUGCAAAGUAAGAAACUCGUCUUGUUUGUCUGGGGGAAUGACAACAACGACCCAAAGAUGAUCAAGAGACUCAGGGAUCUUAAAGUGGAUGGCAUCAUCUAUGACAGGUUUGUUCACUCUUCAUUUUAAUCCACGGUUUGUAUUUUGUAUGGCAGGUUUGUUCACUUUUAAUUUUAAGUCACGGUUUGUAUUUUCUAUGGCAGGUUUGUUCACUUUUAAUUUUAAGUCACGGUUUGUAUUUUGUAUGACAGGUUUGUUCACUUUUAAUUUUAAUCCACGGUUUGUAUUUUGUAUGGCAGGUAUGUUCACUUUUAAUUUUAAGUCACGGUUUGUAUUUUGUAUGGCAGGUAUGUUUACUUUCUGACUCAAUUUACUGUUAGUAUUAUUAAUGAUAGGUAGGGAAUGUAUGAUAGGUAGGGUAUGUAUGAUAGGUAGGGUAUGUAUGAUAGGUAGGGUAGGUAUGAUAGGUAGGUAUCAUUUAUGUUGUCACGUCAUAAUUCUUUUAUUUUAUUCAGUUUUAAAUUAUGCUAGUUUCCCCUACCUUAUACAUUUGGUUAAAUCGUCUGUCCAAGCUUAAUUUAAAUCUAUUUAAACAAUAUUUAAAUUUUUAAAUUUUUAUUGUUAUGCAUUUAAUGUUUGUAAUCAUUUUGUGCCUUUGCCUUAACUGUUAUCAAAAUAUAUUUUUGAGCAAGUAUAGUCUCCUCCCCUUUCUCCUUGAAUGUAACCAUUUAAUCCCCAUCUCCUUAACAAAAUUAAACAUUGUAUCAAAGCCCUCCCCUCGUACAAACUUAGCCAUUAAAUCACCUCCCACCCCCCCUUUCUAUCAACUGCUGUCAUCGUCAAUGUCAUUGUCACUGUCAUUGUCACUGUCAUUCUCACUGUCAUUGUCCACCAGAAUUGACUGCCACAAGCCAGAACAUCAACCAGAAUUUCAGCUGGUGUCGGCCACAGCCGCUGCUGCGUUCAUGACCGUGGUGGCGACCGAGGAGAGGGCCUGCGUGCACAUCAGUGACGGAAGUAGAAGUGGCAGCUGUGUAUCAGAAAGUUCCAGUUUUCACAGUCACCCAGGCACAUCCAGUCCCUAGCCGCCCUUUGGAGCUGGGUAUGGUGCAUUAGUCAUUGUGGGAUUAUGUGGGCUGACAACAUUGAUACUGUGCAUUAUUAAGUACGGUAUGUCUGUGAUGUUAUGUGUGGUUUAUGAAGUAUAUAAGUGAUGUAAUGUAAUAAUUUUUCAAACAGCUACCUCUUUAUUCAUUUAUCAUGAUUUUUAAAUGACCGAAAAAAAAUGAACAGAAAUCUAUUUUUUAAACGGUAACAACUUAGGAAAUUCACCUAGUUUCAAAUAGGUCAAAAUUUAAGAUUUUGAACAAACUCAUGAAAAUGCCUGUAAACAAAUCAAAAUUGAUUGCAGAAAGGUAUGAAUUAAGUACAAGUGUUUUAAUAAAACGCAUAAUUCUUUUUUGUGAAAUCUAUGAAAUUUGAAUAGCAAGUAGUAUGUAAGAGCUAGUCACAGUUAUAUUUCCGAAAACCAAUAGUUAACUCUGUCAAAUCUUUAUGAUUAACUAUCUGGAAACAGUUGUGGGUGAAUGUUUAAAUACAUAGACACAGACAUGGGGAUUGAAACAUUAAAUACAUAGACACAUACAUUGUGAUUGAAACAUUAAAAACAUAGAAACAGACAUUGUGAUUCAAUCAUUAAAUCCACAGAAACAGACAUUGGGAUUCAAUCAUUAAAUACAUGCCACAACCCGUAAAGAUUCACUUCAAAUUUUUGUUUACUAUAUUUACUUUAUUUUUAUUAUUCAAUGAAACUAACUCUUUGGUUGAUUAUGUUGAACCCUACUGUGUGGUGUUAAACCUCUGACCCUGAAGUCAAAGUCUUAAAGGUUAUACACUUGUUUUAUCAAGACAAAAAUUUACAUUCAGAUUUACUCAAUUGCCCUGUCAAAUAAUUUUUUUAUUUGUUACGAGCUCGGGUUAACAGGGUUGUCCUCUGGUUAACAGGGUUGUCGAGUUGUAAUUGAAUUGUGAAACCAUGGUUUAUUUUCUGACAUAUUCAUUCAGUCCACAUUUUAUUAUUGUCAUGAUAAACUGGCAGUUUGGUUCCUUGAAUACCCCAUAAAUUGCAUAAAAUAGAGAGACUAAUAUUAUUAAGAUGUAUAAAGCUAACAUUUUAAAAGUCAUUUUGUAAAAAAAAUGUGUUUAAUGAUUGCCGAACACGAUGAAUUUUGUUACAUAUACAUCAUCCCUUCUAUAUUCCAGUAACAUAAAAGCAUAUGCCUCUACAUUUAAUCAUUGUAACAUGAAAGCUAUGCAACUACACUUCCUGCGCUUGACUUGAGUCUGUGUUAAAUUUGUUACCGAGAUGGUUGGCUCAAAUAUUCCAAGAGAUGCUAAACCGACUUGGAACAUUCUCAAAUAUCUUCGAUUGUAGCUAGAAGUCUUUCAGGAUUUGACGAAACUGCACAAUGUACAGAAAGAAUUGAAUGAUGAUUGCUUAAAUUAUUUAAAAACCCAUUUUACUGGCAAAAAAUAAUAUUGUUCCAUAUCCUUAGAACAUUUCUUAUCAGAAUGCAUCUUUGGAUUAAAGGGAUGUUGUUUCUUCACCCAGUAUAUGUACUUUUCAGAUUUAUGUUUAUAAAUAUUUAUUACUCAUGAGAUUUAUAUUUAUAAAUAUUUUAUUUUUGCAAUACAUCUCGCUAUUGUUGUUAACUGUUUGGUUUUCGUGUGUGUGGAAUCUGUAAUUGUGCCAUAGUGAUCUACUUCUAAUAAGAUUUGUGUGUGUGUUUGAAUCUGUUUUAUUUAUCCUGCUGAGUGUUGAGAUUAGUAGUUUGGAAUCAAGGGCAGACAAGUAACAAGCACAAGGCUGUGAGUCAGAAAAAAUCCUUACUGAGCCCCACCCUCUUCAUUUGGCCAACUUUCUUCACUGAUCCCUAAACACUAAAAUCAUUGGUUAUCUUUUCUAACAAUUUUUUGUAUGUAUCACCUUGAAAGUAAAGUAUACCAAGAUUUGUACAUAAUUUGUGGAGAGUGCUGAACUAAUUUCAGUGAACCUUUAUUUCAUUAACCUGCCAUCAGUGAGGUAGACAACAGUAGUUUUAGUGCAUGCUUUUAUCAUAGUUCUUUUUACUUACCUCUGGCACUUAAAGUAAUUUUUUAAAAAUUUAAGUUUAGUAUUUCCCUCUCCCUCUUUUUAUUUUACAAAUGCUCAACACUGACAUCAUAAAAACAUAUAUCUAAAUUUUUUAAUAUCUACAUUAUUCAUAAGGGAUAUGUUGAGAGUAACAAAUAAAUAUUGAAUAAACAGAUGAAAUAGAAAAAACUUUGAUUAUCUUGUAAUUUGUCUUCCUUUAAAAAUCUAUCUGCAAUGUUGAUGAAUUAUUUAUACAGAUGUCUGCAUUAUUCUCAUAUUGAUUAUUAAUUUAAAAAAAAAAAACUCAUGGGAUUUCUUAUUUAAUUUCUGUGUUUGCUAACAUUAAUGUUUUGGGGUGGCAGGAAAUAAAAUUUAAAUUAAAUUAAACAUUAGGACACUUAUGUGAAAUUGUCUUCAACAGAAACUUCAAAGUUUAAGGUCUAAAUGUUCAUUAGAAAACAUAAAAGUAAAAAUUUUUUUUUCAAAUCGUUUUCAUCUUUUUAUCAAAUCUGCAACAAAAACUUUUGCCGCAUAUGAACACCUUGAUGUUUUAAGCA